AGAGCUAGGCCACCCAACGGACGCGCCCGUUUUGGCUCUCCUAGCAGGCUAGGCUGGGUGCUGGUUCCGGCGAUCCUCCACUGCCGGACCGGCUGCCGCGGCCGCCAACACCGCCGGCCUCGUUCCUUGCUGCCCAGUCCUCCUCCCUCGUCGCCGUCGUAGCUCUCUCAGGUCUGGAGCCAUGGAAGCCAACACAAGCAGCAAGACCGGCGAGGUGCCGUCCCUCCUCGCCAACGUUGAGGUUUCCCAUCUCGACGGCUUCGAUACGACGAGCACCCCGUUACCGAGCCCCAAACCGGUGCUUCACCCCGCCCCCGCCCGGAUGCGGCCGCCGGACCGCGUGGCUCCGCGCAGCGAGGCGGUGCUCCCAGCUUUCGACUCGCCGUUCAACCCGCCGGGGAUGCGCUCGGGCCACCCGGUGUCGUCUAUCAGCCUGCCGUCGUCGCCGACCGGCUUCGAGCCCCUCGUGGCGCCCGGCGGUGACUUGCACGAGCGGAAGCAGGCCAUGCCUAACGCGGCACAGGAGCCGGCGCAGCACGUGAGGUUCGUGCAGCAGCCGCACAAGCUGAUGUUCCGGUCGCAGCCGAUCCCCGGCGGGGUGCCCACCCACGGCGUGAGACGGAUCAGUAGCAGGACGAUGAACCGGGACAAGCGCUACGACUCGUUCAAGACGUUUUCCGGGAAGCUGGAGCGGCAGAUCACCCAUCUAGCCGGCGGCGGCGUGCCGGCUAGUACCCCCGAGGAGGAGGAGUUGGCUCAGGGACAGGGAGAAGCCGUGAGUAGCGAAAAUGUUGAUCGCUUCUUCGCCGCACUGGAGGGGCCCGAGCUGGACAAACUCAAGUCGUCCGAGGAGCUGGCGCUGCCGGCGGACAAGAAGUGGCCGUUCCUGCUCCGAUUCCCCAUUUCGGCAUUCGGUAUGUGCCUCGGGGUCAGCAGCCAGGCGAUCCUGUACAAGACGAUCGCAACGGCGGCGCCGACCGAGUUCCUGCACGUGAGCCCCAAGGUGAACCUGGUGCUUUGGUACAUCUCCGUGGUGCUCAUGUCCAUCAUCACGGCCGUCUACGCAUUCAAGAUCAUCUUCUUCUUCGAGGCGGUCCGUCGCGAGUACUACCACCCCAUCCGUGUCAACUUCUUCUUCGCGCCGUGGAUCGCAUGCCUGUUCCUGGCCAUGGGUGUGCCCCCCUCGGUCACCACCCAGCUGCCUGCCUGGCUAUGGUACGCGCUCAUGUCUCCGGUGCUGUGCCUGGAGCUCAAGAUCUACGGGCAAUGGAUGUCUGGUGGGCAGAGGCGGCUGUCCAAGGUGGCCAACCCGUCCAACCACCUGUCCGUGGUGGGCAACUUCGUUGGAGCGCUGAUGGGCGCGUCCAUGGGGCUCAAGGAAGGUCCCAUCUUCUUCUUUGGCGUCGGGAUGGCGCACUACACCGUGCUGUUCGUGACGCUGUACCAGAGGCUGCCCACCAACGCGACGCUGCCCAAGGACCUGCACCCGGUCUUCUUCCUCUUCGUGGCGGCGCCGAGCGUGGCGUCCAUGGCGUGGGCCAAGAUCGUGGACGAGUUCGGCGUCGGGGCCAAGCUCGCUUACUUCAUCGCCAUGUUCCUCUACGCGUCGCUCGCCGUCCGGAUCAACUUCUUCAGAGGGUUCAGGUUCUCGCUGUCGUGGUGGGCCUACACGUUCCCGAUGACCGGCGCCUCCAUCGCAUCCAUCCGGUACGCCACCGUGGUGGACAACGCCUUCACCAAGGCGCUGUGCCUAGGGCUGUCGCUGCUGGCCACGCUCACCGUGACGGGCCUCUUCGCCACCACCAUGGUGCACGCCUUGGUGUUCCACAACCUUUUCCCCAACGACAUCGCCAUCGCCAUCACGGACCGCAAGAUGAAGCCUAUCAUGGAGCUGCAGGAGAGUGGCAAGGACGACGACAGCCUCUCCGGCAGCAGCUGCAGCAAGGACAUCGAGGCCGGCGCCACUGCCGCAGUAGCACCACAAGCUUGAACGAGUGCCUGCACGAUAUAUCAUAUACGAGUAUGUGCGUGGAACUAGAAAUCAAAGAUGAUGGCACCAACCAUCGGCCACUUGGUGCGAUACACAAGUUCGCUUCCGCUGUACAGUACAAAACGGAGAGCAGCUGUCCACAACAGUCACUGCCAUAGAAUAAGCAAGCAAGGUCCGUUUGGAAUUGCGACAAUCUCACUGGAAACAUGAGUUUUGUUUCAAGAAUCAUACGGCACCUCUCCUCUUCUAGGCCCAAAUGAGUAGAUAGCGUCCAUGCAUCUGCCGUCCACUUUCGAUUUCUGCUUCCUCCACUCCUAAAUAUAAAUCUUUUUUACAGAUUUCAAUA